AUGGGCAACCAGCCAUCCAGCGAAAAGGGCAAGAAGGGGGAGAAGGGCGCCGAUGGCGUUCCUCUGGGUCGUGAAUACUACCGCUCGUUCGAGCGAUCAGACACGCAAGGCUCCACACGCUCGAUACGCAAUUCUAUUCGCAACAAGAUCCCCGGCACCGGUAAGACCGAUAGUCCACGCAACUCAGUAUCAAAUCUCAGCGAGGCCACCAACGGGAAGAACGACAAGACAGAUGCGGUCUCUCUGAAGUCAGAGAAGAGCAAGGGAGGACGAGGCUCGAGACGAGGCUCAACGGCUUCGGAGGGUACAGGUCUCGUGGAGACAGCUGCACAGGUUGAGAAGCUGCCAGAUGAACCCCUGCCGCCACCCUCACCCGUUCAGGGUGCUGCUGCAGGUACAGGCCACGAGGGCGUAGAGAAGGCUCAGCAGACAGGCGAGGUCGAUCGUGUCUCGGAGGUGCCUCCAUCCGGUGUACCACCACCAUCAGCUUCGGCCCAGCCAGGGGAAUCGAUCUUGCAGAAGAAGGGACAGCCGAUUCCGAGGCUGCCAGAGCCCCCAGCAGCAAACGACGGUGCUGGCUCGCCCAUGGAGAUCAGCGCGUUGAAGGCUAUUGACCUCGACGACAUGAUCCAGCGACUAUUGGACGCCGCCUACGCAGGCAAGGUCACCAAGACCGUGUGCUUGAAGAAUGCAGAGAUCUUUGCCAUCUGUUCGGCUGCACGAGAAGUCUUCUUGAGCCAGCCUGCACUGCUGGAGCUUGCACCGCCGGUCAAGAUUGUUGGUGACAUUCACGGACAAUAUACCGAUCUCAUCCGCAUGUUCGAAAUGUGCGGGUUUCCUCCCAACUCUAACUACUUGUUCUUGGGCGAUUAUGUCGACCGCGGCAAGCAGAGCUUAGAGACAAUCCUUCUGCUCAUGUGCUACAAGCUAAAGUUUCCUGAGAACUUCUUCCUCCUCCGUGGCAAUCACGAAUGUGCUAAUGUCACCCGCGUCUACGGCUUCUAUGACGAAUGCAAGCGGAGGUGUAACAUCAAGGUGUGGAAGGCGUUCGUAGACACGUUCAACUGUCUGCCCAUCGCAGCCAUCGUUGCACAGAAGAUCUUUUGUGUCCAUGGUGGGCUGUCCCCAAGCUUGUCGCACAUGGACGACAUUCGCCAGAUCGCACGGCCUACAGAUGUCCCGGAUUACGGUCUGCUGAAUGACUUGCUGUGGAGUGAUCCGGCGGAUAUGGAGAACGAUUGGGAGUCGAACGAACGUGGUGUUAGUUAUUGCUUUGGCAAGAAGGUCAUCAUGGAAUUCCUGCAACGGCACGACUUCGAUCUCGUCUGUCGAGCACAUAUGGUAGUAGAGGACGGCUACGAAUUCUUCACUGAUAGAGUCCUUGUGACGGUGUUCUCAGCACCAAACUAUUGCGGCGAGUUCGACAACUGGGGCGCGGUCAUGUCCGUCUCUGGGGAAUUACUGUGCAGCUUCGAAUUGCUUAAGCCGCUUGAUUCAAGCGCAUUGAAGAGUCAUAUCAAGAAGAGCAGGAACAAGCGUCAGAGCAUGCUCAAUUCACCAGUGAGUAACUUGUGGCCUUGGCCUAUGGAUUUGAAGCGAUCUGUAGUGCCACAUAUUGUAUAUUUUUUACGUACUGACUCCGCCACAGCCUGCACACUAUGCACCUCAAAGUUACUAAUCGUUUCCCUUUUGUGUAGGGUAGUGAGAGCGAUGGUUCACCAAGAUCCAUGUUAUCACAGACCAGGUCCUUGCGGGAUCCAGGAUGUGAUGGACUUGUGGAGAAGUACAAAAAUGCAGACAAACAAAGAUAUCCUCCUGGCCUACGACGGAAACCUGGAUUGGAUCAGCUCGGCACUGGGGAGGACAUUAUGGAUGCACUUGGAACUCAAUUCUCUGACGCAUCAAUACCGCCGAGUCCGUCAUCGCCUGGAAUCGCUGCCGUCAAAUCAUUACUGGCACCAUUGA